CAGAGUUUGCAAAUAUCCGUGGUUUAGUUUCUUUAGAAUCAAACACUUAGAUUAUAUAAAUAAAAAGUAGUUGGCAAGUGAAUCCGAUGGAUAUCAAGUCGAGUAAUUCAUCUCCAGUUCUUACUGAUCCUGCACCGAUAAACAAGUCGAGACUUGGCAUCCAUUCUAAUAUGUUAACCUACUCACAAUCAGGAACAUCUUUUUCCUCUGGGAACCAUAAUAUUCCUAGGAGAAAGCCCGGAAAGCUUGAUGAUGUUCGCUCCAAUGGAUGGCUGGAUGCCAUGAAAGCCUCAUCGCCUCCUCGUAAGAAGCUCAGCAAGAAUUUUAGCAUCGAAAUUGCGCCUGAUGAGUCUGAUAUUGCUUACUACUCCUGGAUUCUCAAGUAUCCAUCAGCACUUAACUCUUUCGAGGAAAUUGCCAACUUUGCCAAAAACAAGAAAAUUGCAAUGUUUCUUGAUUACGAUGGGACUCUUUCUCCAAUUGUUGAUGAUCCGGAUCAGGCCUUUAUGUCGGAUGAUAUGCGCUCUGCUGUAAAAAAUGUUGCAAAGUAUUUUCCGACAGCAAUUAUUAGUGGAAGAAGCCGUGAUAAAGUGUAUGAAUUGGUAGGACUGACAGAACUCUAUUAUGCUGGUAGUCAUGGGAUGGACAUUAAGGGCCCUAUCAAUAAGACAGUGUCCAAUGGCCAUCCAAACUGUACUCAAUACACUGACCAACAGGGUAAGGAUGUAAAUCUGUUCCAGCCUGCUAAAGAAUUUAUACCUAUGAUCGACGAGGUUUUUAGAACCCUUGUUGAGAUUACUAAAGACAUCAAAGGUGCAAAAGUUGAGAAUCACAAGUUUUGUACUUCUGUACAUUAUCGCAAUGUGGAUGAGAAGAACUGGUCUACAAUUGCGCAAUGCGUGCAUGACAUACUGAAGCAGUAUCCUCGUUUACGCCUAACUCAUGGCCGGAAGGUUUUAGAGAUCCGUCCUGUGAUUGACUGGAAUAAAGGCAAAGCAGUUGAAUUUUUGCUUGAAUCUCUAGGUCUUAAUAAUAACGAUAAUGAUGUGCUCCCAAUUUUUAUCGGUGAUGAUCGGACCGAUGAAGAUGCAUUCAAGGUUCUUCGCGAAGGGAAUAGAGGUUACGGUAUUUUGGUAUCGCCUGCACCAAAAGAAACCAAUGCAUUUUAUUCUUUGAGAGAUACCACAGAGGUGAUGAAAUUUCUAAAUUCACUGGUGAGAUGGAAAAAGCUAGGAGAAGGGGGUCGGUCCAUGAAUAGCAGAUGGAGCAUAUAAAUUUAAUAAUAGCAGUAGGAUUUUGUUUCUAAGAUGUUAAUAGAUUAUAUAAUCUAUUAUUAAUAAGCUUUGGUGCAAUCUUGAUUAGAAUUAAUCCUUUAGACUGUUAAAUUUUCUUUGUAAAGCCAUUUUGGGCUGUGAUUGUUUCAUUUUGUGUAUAAAAACACAUCUUGAAUUUUGUUUAAAUACAAGUUUUCUUUGAAUAA